GCACGCAGGUGUGUGAGCAGCGGGGGGUGUGCCGAGCGCCAAACCCAAACUUUUUACGCACCGUGCCGCUGCCUCACCUUCACCUUCCCCGUUUUCCUCGGCGGAUUUACACCUGAACGGCCGCAACAUUUUCUCCCUUACACCAGAUUACCGUGGAUUAACAUUUUCUCGGGAGCCAUGCUCUCACAUUCUCGGUUCAUCUUGGGUCGCGCCGCCGAGUCCUUGCAGGGAACCGAUCCGACUUGGAUGGCCUCCAUCCCCGUUUCCGCAUUCCCGCAGCCGCGGUGCGCACUGCAGGCGCGGAGCUAAGAUCCACGAUCUCAACAGAAAAAACCGGUUCCUCCGGCUAAUCUACCCAACUACUGCUGGCGGUGCAUUAUGUUUCCAGCCAGAGGAAGAGAGGGGAACGGGAGGACUGAUCGGCUGGUGGCGGUAGGCUGUGAAAGGCCGUUUUCAGCGGACCGAUAAAGCCUGAAACGCGUCCUAUUGAUCGGUGUUAUAAUAAAGCCUGGAAUAAACCCGCCGCCGCGCUCCUUCAUGUCCCGGGAUGGAGAGUUGCUGUCGCUCGUGUAUGCCGUGUUUAAACCGGCUCUGGAACUGGAUAUGGCCCGACUUCCGCUACCCAAACAUCCCCAACCACAACCAUGUCAUCGCCAAUCCCGCAGCGCACGCGGCGGAGAUCCGCACCGUGUCCGGCGACAUCCGCGUCCCUUCGCCCAAGAAGCGGCCGGUGCAGCUGUACGCGGCGCUCUUCGACUUCGAGGCCCGCAGCGACGACGAGCUGACGGUGAAGGAGGGAGACAAGCUGUCGGUGAUUGAGAAGCGGGGGGAGUACGUGCUGGCCAAGAAGCUGACCGGGUCCCUGGAGUCCGGACUGAUCCCGGCGAACUACGUGGCUCUGCUGCAGGACGAGUUCGCCAAACACAAGUGGUACUACGGGAACAUAAACAGAGUGAAAGCUGAGAAGCUGCUGCUGGCUUCCCAAAACAAAGAUGGCUCCUUCCUGGUUCGCAUCAGUGAGAGUCACAGCGAUGAGUACACCAUCUCCGCCCGGAGCGAGGGGAAGGUGUACCACUUCAGGAUCCAGCGCUCCACCAUCGGAGCGUACUUCGUCUCAGAUAAGAUCUCCUUCGCCACGCUGGGGGAGCUCAUCUCCUACUAUCAGAAAACGCCCCGCAGCCUGGGAGUCGUGCUGGAGGAGCCCUGCGCCCAGCAGCGCGAGCUGUUCGACAUGGAGCCGUGGGAGAGGCCUCGAGAGGAGUUCAAGCUCCACAAGAAGCUGGGAGAGGGGCACUUCGGAGAGGUGUGGGAGGCUCUGUGGACCACAGAGAACAAGAAGGUGGCCAUAAAGAUGCUGAAACAAGAGGACACAAAGCAGGACGAGUUUGUGAAGGAGGUUCAGGCGCUGAAGAGCCUCCAUCACCCGAAGCUGAUCCAGCUGCUGGCCAUGUGCUCCAGAGGAGAGCCGGUCUACAUCGUGACCGAGCUCAUGAGCAAAGGAAGCCUCAAGUCCUACCUCUCCUCGGCUGAGGGCCAGGUGCUGACAUCGGCUCAUCUCAUCUACAUGGGCAGUCAGAUCGCGGAGGGCAUGGCCUACCUGGAGGACAGGAACAUCGUCCACAGAGACCUGGCUGCCAGGAACAUCCUGGUGGGAGACGAUCUGGUCUGCAAGGUGGCCGACUUUGGACUGGCUCGGAUUAUUAAGGACAGUGUGUACACAGCGAGUCGGAACACAAAGAUCCCAGUGCGGUGGACGGCUCCAGAGGCGGCAAUGUACCAGCGGUUCUCUGUCAAAUCGGAUGUUUGGUCGUUUGGCGUGCUGCUGUAUGAGAUGAUGUCACGUGGCAAAAUGCCUUAUGAAGGAAAAAGCAAUAAGGAGGUGUUGGAACUGCUGUCAUCAGGUUUCCGGCUGCCCUGCCCGACCCGCUGUCCUCAGAAUAUUUACCGCAUCAUGAUGGACUGCUGGGCCGCUGAGCCCUCCAAGAGACCCUCCUUCCACGCCUUGCACAGCCAGCUGGAUUCGAUCUAUGCCAGGAUAUAUUUCAAGACCAUAGAGGUAUAGAAAGGAGGAGACGUGGAGAAAGAAAAGGACAAUUAGAGGAUAUAAAUGGUGCAAGAGCAGAUCCUCUGCAACUGGUCUGCAACAGAAGGAUGGACCACAAAAAGGAAGGAGGAAGGAAAGGGGAAUGAGAAACAGAAAGGAAUAUUCUCCUCCCCCUAUGCAAUACACUUCCACAACAGGGUAUAUGGACUUUAAAAACACCAAGGUGAGAAAGGACAGAGGGAUGAAGAGCAUCAGAGACGGACAUACACGAGUGAAGAUGGAGAGACGAUGGAGAGGAUGCUCGCCAAAUCGAAAGAGAAAGAGCGGAAACUGAGGAGGAAAAUGAGGAAUACUUGAUUUUUGAAGUUAAAAGACAGUGAGGCAGUUAAACGAAUGACUGAAAACAGCCUGAGAAAGGUGUGUAAAUACACUCCUGCCUAAAGGAAACUUAACACUAAAACCCUCAGCACAGUCACAGCACCAACUGUUUUUAAUUUUAUACCCUUCUGUGUUUUAUAAAUAAUAUUUUAUUACUUCUGUAUGUGCCAUGUCUGUGUAUGCACACUUUGAAAUGUUAUGAAAUCACAGGUCAGGACUUAAACUAAUCGCCUGACUUCUCACUGCAAAGCCAGUGCUAAAAUUGAGGUUAUGUGCAAUAAUUAAAUGCUUGCUGGGUUCUUAGCCAUGCUCGGGGGCCUCGUGCUUAGGAUGCUGACGUGAGUCGGUCCGUUGGUCCGACUCUGUGGUGCAGAGAGGAAGAUCUCGACACAGAUUGGACCGAUUGCCGUGAAGAUUGGUACAGACCUUCACGAUCCCCAGAGGAUGAAUUUAACAGCUUUGGUGACCCCAUGACUUUUACAUCUAGCACCACCAUCAAGUCGGAGCUUCCUCCUCCCCAACACUUUAGUUUUUGAGGUGCAGUAUCUUAUUAUGAUGACCAACCUUUGAGGUUAAAGGUCAAAGGUAUCUCUUCACAGCCAUUAUGGGCAAGAGGAAUGAUUACAGCAGCCAGUAACUCUUAUAAUACAUGGAAGUAUUGUUUUAAGAUAGACUUAAAAAAAAAAAUCCAAUUUAUGUGACAACAUUCACUCUUUCACCAUCCUCUGGACAAUCCAAGCCAAAGCUUUUGCUCUAUUUUUCAUCCAUCCACCAGUGGGGCCCCUAGCAUGGUUACACACUGCUCGUCUUGUUAUUAACCACAAGCAUAAAGUAUUUUGUUCAGCCCAUCUUCUCUUACAGGGAAGCGAGAGAAGGUUUUGGCAACACGUUACAUAUCUGGAUACCAGUUUCUCUAGAACUGAAUGGGAAUUGUUUUUGUCCUGCUGAGGUAUAUUUAACAGUGGCUGAACCCCGUGCUUGAAAAGCCGGUGGCCCACAGUGCCAUGUGUACAGGCCUUAAGUUAUUAAAGCUCUUCUACAGGCCCACACUGAUGGCCAGGUACAACCAGAGUGCUCAUGUUUACACUACAGACUCUGUACACAUACUAAACUACAAAAUACGGACAGUGAAAACUACAAAAAUGAACACUGAGGCGAAAGGACCUGCGCAGUGAAUCAGCCAUAUCCAGCAGGCUCUUUCUGAGGGGGCGGGGAGUGGGAUUUCUGCACCACCAAAUUGUACAAGAGUGUUGCAGUGCAAUGCAAUUUGAGAACAAUGCAACUUUGGUCUUUUAUGCAUGACGGUUACAGAAGACAAAGCCAAGUUCAGGAAACUUGAGCCAUAAUCACCAAAUCACAAGAUUGAGUUGUGUGUUUUAGGCUGUGUGCCAUCAGGUACCAAACACCAGUAGUGCAAAGAAUAAAGUAUUUUAAGUAUUGUUUUGAAA